AUGAGGAACUGCAAGCUUACACCGUGCGUCUUGGUAGCAUUGCUACUAGUUGGAGUUCUUCACCUGGAAGCAGCCAUGGCCACGGACUUCACCUAUGGCGAGGCUCUUGACAAGAGCUUGAUGUUUUUCGAGGCACAGAGGUCAGGGAAACUGCCCUCGGACCAGCGAGUCAAAUGGCGCGGUGACUCGGGACUCACGGACGGCCUUGCUCAAGGGGUGAACUUGGUUGGAGGGUAUUAUGAUGCAGGGGAUCAUGUGAAAUUUGGACUGCCGAUGGCAUUUACAGUGACAAUGCUUUCAUGGGGAGCUAUUGAGUUCAGGAAGGAAAUCACAGAUUUAGCCCAAAUGGGUCAAACCUUAUGGGCCAUCCGAUGGGGCACUGACUAUUUCAUGAAAGCACAUCCACAACCUAAUGUUCUCUGGGGACAGGUAGGAGAUGGGGAUUCGGAUCACUAUUGCUGGGAGCGUCCAGAAGACAUGACAACUCCAAGAACUGCAUACAAGAUUGAUGAAAAUCAUCCUGGUUCAGACCUUGCUGGAGAAACUGCAGCUGCUUUGGCAUCAGCUGCCAUAGCUUUCCAGCCUUACAACUCGUCCUACUCUGCUCUCCUCUUAGUUCAUGCAAAGCAGCUCUUCACGUUUGCGGAUAGAUUCAGAGGUCUAUAUGAUGAGUCCAUUGGGUCUGCUAAGAACUUCUAUACUUCAUCAGGCUACUCGGAUGAACUACUAUGGGCUGCUGCAUGGCUCUACCAAGCAACGAACGAAGAGUACUACCUCAAGUAUGUGGUGGACAACGCCGUGUAUAUGGGAGGAACUGGAUGGGCUGUCAAGGAAUUCUCUUGGGACAACAAGUAUGCUGGUGUCCAAAUCCUUCUCUCCAAGGUGUUGUUGGAGGGCAAAGGCGGUGCUUAUACUUCCACCCUCAAGCAAUAUCAGGCCAAAGCAGAUUACUUUGGCUGCGCUUGUCUCCAGAAAAAUGAAGGCUACAAUGUCCACAAAACUCCCGGGGGGCUUUUGUAUGUGCGUGAAUGGAACAACUUGCAGUAUGUGACUUCUGCAUCAUUUCUUCUAGCUGUUUACUCUGAAUAUCUCUCUGCUGCAAAUGCCAAGCUCACUUGCCCGGAAGGACAAAUUCAACCUCAAGAGCUUCUGAAUUUUGCAAAGUCACAGGCAGACUACAUACUUGGUAAAAACCCCAAGUCAAUGAGCUAUAUAGUUGGGUUUGGCUCAAAAUAUCCAGUUCAUGUGCACCACAGAGGUGCUUCCAUUCCUGCUGUGUCUGUCCUGCAGUCUCUGGUUGGAUGUGUGCAAGGAUUUGAGACAUGGUAUCAUCGCCCCGAGGCAAAUCCUAAUGUCAUCUAUGGCGCCCUUGUGGGAGGUCCUGACCAGAAUGACAACUUCUCUGAUGACCGCUCCUCUUACGAAGAGACUGAGCCUACACUUUCUGGCUCUGGUCCCCUUAUUGGCCUCUUCUCUAAGUUGCAGAGCACCCCAAUCAAAUUCAUUCACUCAAUAAGCAACACAUGGUCUAUUGGAAAAAUGACAUAUUAUCGCCACAAGGUAAUAUUGAAGAACACAUCGCAGAAACCAGUAACAGAUGUUAAGCUGAUGAUUGAAAACCUGCAAGGGCCUUUAUGGGGUCUCUCUCCAACUACGGAAAAGAACACCUAUGAGCUUCUUCAAUGGCAAAAGGUCUUGCAGCCUGCCUCAGAGUGCACUUUCGUUUACAUCCAAGGUGGCCCUCAAGCAAAGAUUUCCAUCCUAAGCUACCACUGA